ACGAACCACCAUCUCCAUGUCUCGCUGAGCCUCCCGUCCCCAGCCAGCAGACUUUCCUCACCGCAGACAGCGAUGCCCUACAUCUCCGUAUCGUCCCCCAAGUCAGCGACUCGUCCCACCUCAAUCUCCUUUUCUUCAGAACGCGGCCCAGGGGCAUUCACCCCCCUCGCCGCUCUCCCCCGCAGGAGAUCGUCGUCAAACUCCCGCAAACCUUUGUUUCAUCUUCCCAAUGACCUAGACGACGCUCACGACAACUCUCCCCCACCUUCUCCGCUGGGCCCGGAGACCCCACAGGCAGAGGCAAUCCCCUUCCCGACCUCCUCCCCACUCGCGUCACCCGGCAUAUAUUCUCCCUCCCAGCCUCCCAGCCCCAAGCCUAUCUCCAGAACGAGUUCAUCUUCCACCAUCAUUCUCUCCAAUGGCCGCCCACUCAAACCCUCUCUCAAGUCUUCGUCCUCUUCCUCCAUCGCAGAUGACGCCGUUCGUGCCCGCCACUCGAGGGCCCAGUCCGAGCCUUCGACACCGUUUUUAGGCGCAAAGAACGUCCACUUCAAGGACAAGGACUCUGGGCUUGAGUCAGUUCGUCUCUUCAAGCGCACAGGCCGUCCCACGGCGGUUUCAUCCCCGCCGAACCCAGAAGACACUGAAACCGAGACCGAAGCCGACCAGAACGCGUUCCCCUUCCCUCGUUUCCCAUCGGCUUCCUCGCCCUCCUCCAUCCCCAUCACCGAGCUCGAUGCGGAAUCACCAAAGUCCUCUGCCGUUCCGGCCAAGAACCCAGACCCAUACGCCAACAUCCACCUCGAGUCUUUGUCUCUGCCGCCAGCCAGGCCACCCGUGCUGCGCGGUACUGUCCUUGUCCGCAACAUCGCCUUCGAGAAACAAGUUGGUGUCCGCUUCACUCUCGAUGACUGGACUACCGUUUCAGAGGUCAUGGGUACGUACGUCGGUGGCGUCGCUCAUCGCGAGGCCAUCGCUGGCACCACAUCCACCACUACCGUUGGCGACCUCGUAGGUGUUCUCGCCAAAGGUAGUCAGGAUCCCUGGGACAGGUUCAGCUUCUCCAUUCGCCUCGAGGACUAUGAGGCCCGUCUCCCAGAGCGCAAUCUCUUCCUCGUCACCCGUUAUACCGCCCCAGGCAUCGGUGAGUGGUGGGACAACAACCGUGGUCAAAACUACAGCGUGGCAUUCCGCGCCAAAGCUCCCGUCUCUGGUAGGAAACGAGGCGCAAGUUCUCCUCUGCCGUCUGCUGCUCCAUUCAUGGCCAGCGCGGCUCCGCCACCCGCUCAGACGUCACCGCAGCAGGCUAAAGCGACGUUCUCUUUACCUGACUCACCUUCUCCGGCAGCAGACCGGUCUACUCCCGAGUGGUCUCCAUCACCUCCCCCUCUCUCCGUCCGCCCUCCGCCUCUCGUCCGCUCACCGUCUGCACCGUCGGGCCCCAAGUCAGCGUACUCACCGAUUACCCUCAAUCCCAUGCUCGCGACACGUCUGAACCUGAAGCACUACGCUGCACCCGCUCGAGGUUCUGCUCCUGCUACCCGUACGCCGUCCGUCCAAAACUCGACGCCUACGUCGCCGUUGACGAGAUCCAUCGGAGGGCAGCCCGUGACGGAAUCGCGCCCGGAGCCCGAGUUGAGGAGUCCGUCGGUUGACCGCCAGUCAUCCCCUACGAUGUCCUCCAUGUUGGGUUUGAGCUUCAUGGAGCGCGAACAGAGCAACGAGAAGGAGAACGUCUCUCUGUCGGUGGUUGACGUGGACGGUAAGGCCGAAGAUGAAGGAUUUUCGAGUGCUGGGGAAGAUGGGGAGGGAGAGGUGGACUCCAAGCCCCGGCUGACGACGCCUUCGAAAGAGACUGGUCGCCUCACGCCUCCCACGACUCGCCGAUUCCCUGCCUUGUCUGUCCAGAUCUCUCACGGCUCUAAUUCUCCUCGUCGAUCGCCUUCGCCUACAUACAUCCCUACGCCACCUUCACAGUCGCCUGCGUCCUCUCGGUCUCCUUCGCCCUCACCGACACUUCUUGAUCCGAGCGCCAUGAACCCGUCUGAUUCGACGUAUGCCGCUUUCCUCAGACAGUGGUGCUUUGCCGCACCUCCGCGGUCUGGCGCGAUCGGUGAGGCCGGGUUUUCAAGUGGGCUUACACCUCUGGGCGGCGGCAUGCCCGGGAUCGGUGGUAUGGGCAACACGAUGGGCGUGGAGGCUGUCGGGAUGAUGGGCUGAGCUUGCUCGCGAGCGUUGAGUCUUUGUGAGGGUUGAUUGCUUCGAGAAAGCGGUUGUGCUGCUAGGGCCUCAACCGCGGAAUGGAAUCGCUACGCGGUGUAUAUCGGGAAAGCGUGGCGAUUCCUGCUCGUAGCGCAGAGGUCUUGGUCUCUCAGCGCGCUGUGCCCCAUAGGCACGGUUGCGCUUCUAACGAUAUGGUUACUUAUUGGACUUUGUUGUCUGACGUCGCAUUUUGCUCUGUUAUUCUUCUACUCCAACAUCCAUCACUCCAAUACAUCUACAUAGCCUUCCGCCUCACACCCAUAAAGUGAGCGGAACAAAACAUCCUUUUCUCUGUAACGUCUUCCUUGGCUUUCUUUUCUUCUCAUUGUACCUAUCGACAGCUUAGCUCAUUUCCUCUCACUCGCGAUUUUCUUACCCACACGGAUACGCUUGACGAUUUUUUCGUCGUUCCUCCCCAUCCCCUUCCUGUCUUUACGUGCCAGUCUUUACCGGGUUCGUGUCCACGUCAUUGCUAGCAAUUCCAUUACGAACAUUCACGACGCAACAUUCUAGCCCUCCCAGUCCCGAAUCCUACAUACCUCGUGCUCAUCCCUCGUUCUCUUACGUACCAUCGACUCCAAUAACCGUUCCCCAUUGGUCACACUCGAGCCGCUUUCCCUUUCUGAGUAUCGUUCCUGUCGUUUGUCGGUGUCUAGCGCUGUCGUCAGCUGUGUCUCAGUACCCUUCCGCUUCACACUCCCCUUUUUUUGCAUCACCAUAACCAUAUAUCCCCCGUCGUCCCCACCUAUCAUCACAUCACCACCACCAUCCAUCAUCAUCAAAACGACCCGCUGGGGUUCUCACCGCCAGUUUCAUUCGCGCAUGCUUUCCUCUUAGAAGGGAGCGUUGGCGUUUUGCUUCUUCAUCGCACGGGCUCCCUAGUCCCUGCCAACCUCCAACGAAACUCCAACUAACUCGGAGGAAACUCGUCGCAACUGGGCUUGCUCUGCGGAUGCCACUGUUCUCCGCAAUAGCCAACGACAGUGCUUCCACCUCAAUUUAUCCUCUAUAUUUCUUUCCCCUUUCAUAUGACCCCGUUGUCUCUCUCAUCUGUACUCUAAAAUCUCUCAGUCCCUCGUGUGCGUGAGUGAGCGGGGGUGUAUGUACGCUAUACUUAGACAUUGACUUGCUUGGUGCUUCUCACAGGGGGCACCCAUUUCCUUCUCUCUGUUUUUCUCUUGUCUUUCACCUCUGCUUCAUCUGCUCGUUUUCACUCUGAUCACCCUCAUACUUCUCGCAUUCUUGCUCGUUGUCUUUUGGUCCGGUAUACACGAAACAUCACUAACCCAGAUCUCAAGACUCGUUAGUUCGUACUUCCCCGGUUUCUUUCUUUUUAUCACCUUCCUGCGUCUCAUUUUUCGUCUUUCGUCUUCCGUUUUACAUAUGCAAUCAACCCUCUCGCCAACCAAUUAUUCAUCCUUCAUCCCCCAUCUCGUUCCAACCUCCCUCUUCCCCUUCGCCCCUUCGCCACAUCUGUCAAUCCUCGUUAUU